AAGCAACUUUAAAUUAUUUAAAGUUUCAGCUAUUUAACAAACAAUGUUCAUUACUGUAUUACUAUUGUGUAUUUUUAUCCUGUUAUUGUAUGUCAUUCUUUAUUAUGGAAGAUUUAGACGACUUAUCAGUAAAAUCCCAUAUAAGCCAGGCCUGCCAUUUGUUGGAAAUGCUUUAGAGUUCUUUAUGUACUCGCAGGAAAAACUUUGGGAGCUUGAAAGAAUAGCCUGUAAAAAUUAUUAUCCAAUUUAUUCAUUUUGGUGUGGUCCUAUUCCUUUUAUUAGCGUUUACCAUCCAGAUGAUGUCGAGAAAAUACUAAGUAGUACAACGCAAAAUUUUGGGAAAGGUUAUAUCUACAGUUUUCUUCAUUCUUGGUUGGGAACUGGUCUACUUACUAGUGAAGGAUCAAAAUGGCGAAAAAGACGAAAGAUUCUAACGCCGGCAUUUCAUUUUACUAUAUUAAAAGAGUUUGUCGAUAUUUUUAUAGAAGAAAGCACGCGUAUGACAGAAUCUCUAAAAAACAUUAAUGGUUCAAAUAUCGAGGAUUUAGCGACUUUUAUUAGUCAACAUACGUUAAAUGCAAUAUGUGAAACUGCAAUGGGAACUUCCUUGCAAAAUAUGGGAGAAUUUCAACAACGAUAUCGCCAAGCAAUCCAUGAGAUGGGUAACAUUUUAUUUUAUAGAAUAAUGAGACCAUGGCUUCAUCCUGAUGUAAUAUUUGCGCUAACACCGAUGGGUAAAAAACACACUAAAAAUUUAGAAAUACUGCAUAAAUUUACCGAAAAAAUUAUUGCGGAAAGAAAACAAUAUCAUGACAGCACUGCUGGACAAUACUUGAAACUUUUAGAAAAUGAUACAGAUAUAAUAGAAACGGAUGAUAAGGAAAUAUUUGGAAUUAAGAAAAAGCGACUCGCUAUGUUGGAUCUUCUGAUAGCAGCAGCGCGCAAUAAUGAGAUAAAUGAUUCGGACAUUAGAGAAGAAAUUGAUACCUUCAUGUUCGAAGGACAUGAUACUAUAGCGAUGGGUUUGACUUAUGCUAUAUUACUUCUAGCUGAGUACAAAGAUAUUCAGGACCGUGUCAGAAGUGAAGUUAGAAAAGUAAUGGAUGAAAACGGAGGAAAGCUUACUAUAACAGCGUUAAACAAUUUGCUGUAUCUAGAAAGGUGUUUGAAAGAAUCAUUAAGAUUAUAUCCCAGCGUUUCUUUCAUAUCGCGAGUUUUAUCGGAAGAUAUAAAAAUGCAAUCAUAUUUGGUGCCUUCUGGAGCUGUAGUAAUGAUUUAUAUCUAUGAUAUUCAUCGAGAUCCCAAUUUCUGGCCAAAUCCAGAUGUAUUCGAUCCAGAUAGAUUUUUGCCUGAGAGAAUUCAAAAACGUCAUCCUUAUUCUUACUUACCGUUUAGCGCAGGACCACGAAAUUGUAUAGGACAACGAUAUGCCAUGUUGGAACUGAAAACCGUAAUUGCUUCGUUGGUACACAACUUUUAUUUAGAACCUGUCGAUUAUUUGAAGGAUCUUCAGUUCAAGCGAGAUAUUGUAACCCGUGUUGCACAUCCAAUUCGAGUACGAUUUAUCCCAAUUAAACAUUUGCAAUCUGAGACCAAUACGUAUACAAACCAUAAGACGAUAAAGCUCAAAACAAUGCUCAUUACCUUAUUACUAUUGUGCAUUUUUAUUGUAUUAUUGUAUGUAAUUCUUUAUUAUGGAAGAUUUAGACGACUUAUCAGUAAAAUCCCAUAUAAGCCAGGCCUGCCAUUUGUUGGAAAUGCUUUAGAGUUCAUUAUGUACUCGCAGGAAAAACUUUGGGAGCUUGAACGAAUAGCCUGUAAAAAUUUUUAUCCAAUUUAUUCAUUUUGGUGUGGUCCUAUUCCUUUCAUUAUUGUUCACCAUCCAGAUGAUAUAGAGAAAAUAUUAAGCAGUACAACGCAAAAUCUUAGUAAAGGAUAUAUGUACAGUUUCUUUCAUCCUUGGUUGGGAACUGGUCUACUUACUAGUGAAGGAUCGAAAUGGCGAAAAAGACGAAAGAUUCUAACGCCGGCAUUUCAUUUUACUAUAUUAAAAGAGUUUGUCGAUAUUUUUAUAGAAGAAAGCACUCGUAUGACAGAAUCUCUAAAAAACAUUAAUGGUUCAAAUAUCGAGGAUUUAGCGACUUUUAUUAGUCAGCAUACGUUAAAUGCAAUAUGUGAAACUGCAAUGGGAACUUCCUUGCAAAAUAUGGGAGAAUUUCAACAAAGAUAUCGCCAAGCAAUUCAUGAGAUGGGUAACAUUUUAUUUUAUAGAAUAAUGAGACCAUGGUUUCAUUCUGAUAUGAUAUUUGCCCUAACACCAAUAGGUAGAAAGCACACUAAAAAUUUAAAAAUAUUACAUAAUUUUACCCAAAAAAUUAUUGCAAAAAGAAAACAAUAUCAUAAAAAUACUGGUGGACGGUACUUGAAGUUUUUAGAAAAUGAUACAGUUGUAACAGAAACAGAUGAUAAGGAGAUAUUAGGAAUUAAAAAAAAGCGACUCGCUAUGUUGGAUCUUCUGAUAGCAGCAGCAAACAACAACGAAAUAAAUGAAUUUGACAUUAGAGAAGAAGUCGAUACUUUUAUGUUCGAAGGACAUGAUACCGUAGCAAUGAGUCUGACGUACACUAUAUUACUGUUAGCUGAGCAUAAAGAUGUCCAGGAGCGUGUCAGAAGUGAAGUUAGAAAAGUAAUGAAUGAAAACGGAGGGAAGCUUACUUUAACAGCGUUAAAUAAUUUGCUGUAUCUAGAAAGGUGUUUGAAAGAAUCGUUAAGAUUAUAUCCCAGCGUUUCUUUAAUAUCGCGAGUCUUAUCGGAAGAUAUAAAGAUGCAAUCAUAUUUGGUUCCUUCUGGAGCUACAGUAAUGAUUUAUAUCUAUGAUAUUCAUCGAGAUCCCAAUUUCUGGCCAAAUCCAGAUGUAUUCGAUCCAGAUAGAUUUUUGUCUGAAAGAAUUCAGAAACGUCAUCCCUAUUCCUACUUACCGUUUAGCGCAGGAUCACGAAAUUGUAUAGGACAACGAUUUGCCAUGUUGGAACUGAAAACCGUAAUUGCUUCGUUGGUACACAACUUUUAUUUAGAACCUAUCGAUUAUUUGAAGGAUCUUCAGUUCAAGCGAGAUAUUAUAACUCGUGUUGCACAUCCAAUUCGAGUACGUUUUGUCCCAAUUAAACGUUUGCAAUCUGAACUCAAUACAUAAUCAUAUUUAACAAGCAGAGAGAAACAAUCCCUAUUCUCCAGUUAAGAAAUUUUUGGAUAAAAGUUUUUUUAUAGAAUUGUUAUAUAUUUUUAUGUAUACCACAUUUAUAAUAUUGUUAAAAAUGGUAUA